UUCCACCUGCGGGGCGGCGGGAGGAGGCCCGAAGCAAGAUGGCGUUGAAUCAGAACCAUACCGAGAACCGCCGCGGGGCCCUCAUCCCUAACGGUGAAAGGUGCCUGAGGGGAAGCACAGCGUGCCGUCAGAGGAGAGGAUAGACAUGGCGACUCACAAGCUCUAAGCGUGUCAGGGACUUUGCCGCCUUUUUUGGGCGCGGCGCUCUUAGCUCCGCCCCGUUGGGAGUGCGCGUCCCCCCUUGGGUGUUCCGGCAUCUUAAGAUGGUGGAGGCCGGAACGCUUGGCUUCGCGCGUGUGAGGGGCGGGGAUGGGAAUGCCUCUCUUCAGGCGCAGGGCCAAAACGCGUGUCUCCUCAGGGCGGCGGGCGGGGGGCCGAGAUGCGUGUCUCGUUCGAAGAAAGGCUGGAUCUGACUGGCGGUCGUGAGCAGCAGGGGACCCUUGGUGGCAACAUGGCUGCCCGUUGGUCCCCUGUGACUUUGUCGGAUGAGGACAAGCACUGGGUGUGCAUCGCCCCCUACUCCCAGGAACAAGGUGAUUUUCAUAACUUCGCACUCCAUCAACGAUCCCAUGUUGUCUUUUAUGAUGCCAUUUGAUCUGAUGACAAACCUCACUGUUGAACAACCAGUAUUUGCUGCAAACUUCAUUAAGGGAAGUAUUCGGGCAGCUCCAGAUGGUGGCUGGGAAGGACAAGCUACUUUUAAAUUAGUCUUCAGAAACGGAGGUGCCAUUGAAUUUGCCCACUUGAUGGUGAAAGCUGCCUCUGCUGCUGCCCGAGGAUUUCCACUUAGAACCUUAAAUGACUGGUUUAGCUCUACAAGAAUUUAUGUAAUUACUGGAGAAGGGAAUGUAUGCACUCCACAGAUGCCUUGUUCAGUUAUUGUCUAUGGAGCCCCACCUCCCAGAUAUGGAGCCCCACCUGGGGGAUAUGGAACCUCACCUCCUGGAUAUGGAGCUCCACCUGCAGGAUAUGGAGCCCCACCUCCAGGAUAUGCAGCCCUGCCUGCAGGAUAUGAAGCCCCGCCUCCUGGAUACAGAGCCCCUUCUGCAGUAGUAUAUGGAGCCCCACCUCCUGGAUACGGAGCUCCACCUGCAGGAAAUGAAGACCCACGUGUGGGAUACAGAGCCUCACCUGCGGGAUAUGGAGCCACACCUCCUGGAUACGGAGCCGAACCUGCUGGAUCUGGAGCCAGGCCUCACGAAUCUGCAGCAGCCCAAACUCCUGAAAAUGAGGCUUCUCUUCCCUCUCCCUCCUCUUCUCAGGUCCGCUCUUAAGCUUCUUAGAUGUAAACGUUGAAGACUCACCAAGCAGAGAGGUACCCUAAAAUUGAAGUCAGGAUAAGGAGGAGGACUCAGGUAUGUGAUGGCAGGCUUCUCGCAGGUAGUCAUUCCACCCUUUGGAAGAGCAAUCUUAUGGGGUAAGGUGAAGCUUUACUUGUGUGCCUAGAUUUUAGAAGCAGAAUCAAGUCUUGAUUAGCUGGCUAAAGUAAGAGUAUCAUUGUAGGGUUAAUUCCCAGUAAUUUGGUUGACAUAGGGUUGCAUUUUUAAACAUACCAUGAAUGUGAGUGUGGAAAAAGUUUCCUGUCUUUAGAAACAUUUAAGUAUUAUGCUCCGUUUGCUAGGCACUAAGAUGCAUGCUAAAAACAUCAUGUUGAACACUUAGUUGUUUGAAAAAGCUAAAUUUCCAAUAGUGAAAAAGAAUAUUAUAAAUUAUGGUAUAACCAUAAAAUGGAGUAUUAUACACCUGUCGAAAUCUAUGUCUAGAGGUAGAGAAAGCCUCUUUGAGGAGGCCAAAAACAAAUAACAUGAUAAAUUUUACUAUAUCAAAAUUUAAAACUUCUCUUUGACAAAAGUUAAAAGGUAGGCAACAGACUAGGAGAAAGUGAUUUCCAACAUAUGUAUUUUAAAAAUUGUGGUCAGAAUACAUGAAUCAAUUACAAAUCAAUUCUCCCCAAAAUGACAAAAAUUUGAAUUGUUGACCAGCCAAGGCAACAGCA